AUGUCAUUCAAUAGUCACCACUCAUCAUCAGAGUUAACGUCGCAGAGAGAAUCUAGAAACGACGAAAACUCGGUUUUCAAGAGGGAUUCUUUAGAAGACUUGGAAGAGUUCUAUUCGGCAUCAGACGAUUCUGAUAGCGCCAGUGGCUACGCAAGCGCCGAGUCGCCGUCCACAUCGCCGCUUACAUCAUCUACUGGACUGACCGUUGCUGAACCUGCACAAGAUCAAAACAAAAGUUUCAAAAGUGUAAUUUUUCCCGAAGAACAGUCGACUCCGGAAUCGUUACUUGAAGAGGAUGAUCUACUAUCAGAAAAAGAAAUUUUAGACAUCUUACUAUCGAAAGAAGAAGAGAGCAAAGAAAGUGACAGCUACUUUUUAACACAUAUUGAUUCAGACGCAUCCUCGGACGUUUCUGACGAGUUUUUCGGCGAAAACCUUUCUCAGGAAACGAUAAUAUUUCUCGACGAAGACACCGAUAACAUUUAUCACUCUGAUACAGAAUUCCAGUUAGAGCUUGAAAGCAAAGACGUCUCUGAAUCCUCAUCGUCUUCUCUUGACGUUCAGACAGCUGGAAGCAAUCUUGAUCUUGAUUCAGUUAUCGAGAGUGAUAACAACGUUGAAAUCGACACACAGGACAUUAUUGGGAAACAAGAAAAUAUUCCAGAGAAAGAUUUCUAUAAGUUAUUGGUCAUAGGAGCCGGUGACUUAACUCCACGGGCAAAACCCACCGACAAAGAUCCCACUGGCCAUCCAGUCCCACCAACUGCCGCAGCCGGCGACCUAUUGCAGCUAAAAACCAACAAAUUAAAAAAUACAACCAACAAGAAACAAUUAUUCGACGAUUUUUCUUGGGUAAAACCAGAACCCACAAUAAUAACAGCCUAUCCAGUAUCCAUAACAACCACAUCGUGGCCAGUAUCUGUGGAAAGCAAAGCCAGCAACAUGACGAGUGAGACAAGAAGAGCGAGUAGCAAACAUUCGUCGACCUCCGUGACAAAAAAAUACGAACAUGCGUGGUUUGCAUUAGAUCAGCUGUACAAAUUCUACUUAAACAGCAAAUUACACGAUGUCACCAUCUGCGUCGGCAACGGGAAAUUUGCGGCUCAUAAAAUAAUCCUAGCAGUCCAUAGCGAAUAUUUUGAACGAGUGUUUUCGGACGCCAGUUUCAAGGAGCUGAACCAGAGCGAAGUGGUUCUUAAUACAAAUGUUACAGCAAACGCGUUUGAGAAAGUCCUGUCCUAUAUCUACACAUCGGAAAUUCAGAUCACGUUUGAGGACAUUUAUGAUAUAUUCACUACCGCUAGUGUCUUGUUAAUGAAGAGGCUCAUCCGAUUGUGCACAGACUUUUUAAGAAACUAUAACUUAGAUAACUGUCUGACCGCCCACUACAUCGCGGACAGAGCGGGGCUGAAUGAUAUCUAUCACGAAAUCCAUGACUUCAUCAUGGAAAACUUUUUUGACAUCAGCAAUACGGAAGAGUUUCUACAUUACCCAGCGGAUCGUUUGUCUACGUUGCUAAGCGACGACGAUGUGAAUGUAGAACAUGAGCUACAGUUGUUUCAAGCAGUAUUGCGUUGGACGGAGAACCAACACGGAGAUAUUACACGCGAUGCACCACUGAUACUGAAACACAUACGUUUUGGUUUGAUGUCACCCGAAGAAAUAGUUCAGAACGUUGAAUCCGCAAAACAUCUCAUGAACAUUCCUGAGUGUUACAUCUUGGUACUUGAAGCUUUUCGUUAUUUCUCGCUUCGUGCAAGUAAAGGUGGUACAAGACCUACACCAGUCAAACCAAGAAAGGGUAUGAAUAAGGUCCAAAAUGCCAGACGAGCUAGCAUUGCCAUUGGCGCUAAAACCCCAUCACCAGCAGUCAUCGCUUCUCAUCUAGCACGCUUGGAAGAGAAAAUGUUAGAAGAACAAAACACUAACUCGGAACACGCCAUUCCUAGCAGCCAUACAGAAAAGUUGGACGACAAGCAUCUUUUACUCUCCGUUGGUGGCGUUUACAAAGAUGGCGACCUAGAUGACCCUGGACGAACAGUCAACGUAUAUGACCCAGUUAGAUGCGAAUGGACAUUAAUGACAACGAUGAAACACCCACGCAACCACCACGUGGUCCAAGUAGUUGGCAGAUUUCUAUACGUCAUCGGUGGAUCCAAUCCCUACGCUGAUGGCGGCGAGUUCAUGUCACCGGUAAAUACCGCAUGUAAAUACGACAUGGGUAAAAAUGAGUGGAGUAGCAUGGCACCCAUGUUAACAGCCAGGGUGUUCUUCCAAGCAGCUGUACUGGAUGGUGACAUAUAUGUUGUCGGUGGCCAAGGAAGUAAAGGGAGCGUAUUAUCGUCCGUUGAGAAAUACAAUCCAGCGACAGAUAAAUGGAGUCAUGUGUGUUCCUUGAGUUCACCGCGUUAUGCAAUUGCCUUGGCAGUGCAUCAUGGAUUACUCUAUGCUGUUGGUGGAUAUUGUGAGGACGUCAAAUCGCCGGUUCUUGCCAACGUAGAAUGUUAUCAUCCACAAAACGAUAGGUGGAUGCAAAAAAACCCGAUGCGUUAUGCACGAUGCCAUGCCAGUUUAGCGGACGUACAGGGCAAGCUAUAUUUGUUCGGCGGAAUGGUGAAAACGAGUUAUUUUGCCGAUGAUUGUCGAAGUUUGCCGAGUGUUGAUAUUUACAGAGAUACCGAGGAUAUCUGGGAAUAUGUUACGGAUUUGACCGACGCCAGACAUGAAGCUGGAAUAUGUGUUGUCGGACCAAAAGUGUACAUUAUUGGCGGUAUCUCGGCCACGGAGAAAUUAAUCUUGUCUUCGGUCGAGUGUUACGAUACUCUGGAAGGAAUAUGGCUACACCCAGGUCCUACGGAACUACCAAAGCCAGCACUCGGACAUAGCUGCUGUACGAUGCCAAGGGAAUUACUCAACUAA